CUCAGCCCGGGGGCGCGGGAGCCGCAGCCCGAGCCGGAGGCGGGAGCAGCGAGCUGGAGCCCCGGGCGCCCGAAUGCAGGGCCGCCACGCGUGAGGGCUGCCGCUCUGAGCUGAGGCCCGGCUUGCGGAGGAUGCCCAGCCGCCGGCCAGCGCCCGUCUGCACCAUGAGCGAUGAGCGGCGGCUGCCUGGCAGCGCGGUGGGCUGGCUGGCCUGUGGGGGCCUCUCCCUGCUGGCCAACGCGUGGGGCAUCCUCAGCGUGGGCGCCAAGCAGAAGUGGAAGCCCCUGGAGUUCCUGCUGUGCACGCUCGCGGCCACCCACAUGCUCAACGUGGCCGUGCCCAUCGCCACCUACGCCGUGGUGCAGCUGCGGCGCCAGCGCCCCGACUACGAAUGGAACGAGGGCCUCUGCAAGGUCUUCGUCUCCACCUUCUACACCCUCACCCUGGCCACCUGCUUCUCCGUCACCUCCCUCUCCUACCACCGCAUGUGGAUGGUCCGCUGGCCCGUCAACUACCGGCUAAGCAACGCCAAGAAGCAGGCGGUGCACACGGUCAUGGGCAUCUGGAUGGUGUCCUUCAUCCUGUCGGCGCUGCCUGCCGUCGGCUGGCACGACACGAGCGAGCGCUUCUACACCCACGGCUGCCACUUCAUCGUGGCCGAGAUUGGCCUGGGCUUCGGCGUCUGCUUCCUGCUGCUGGUGGGGGGCAGCGUGGCCGUGGGCGCGGUCUGCACGGCCGUCGCCCUCUUCCAGACGCUGGCGGCGCGGGUGGGGCGCCGGGCUGACCGCCACGCCUUCACCGUGCCCACCAUCGUGGUGGAGGACGCGCAGGGCAAGCGCCGCUCCUCCAUCGACGGCUCCGAGCCCGCCAGGACCUCGCUGCAGAUCACCGGCCUGGUGGCCACCAUCGUCGUCAUAUACGACUGCCUCAUGGGCUUCCCCGUGCUGGUGGGAGGCAUCAUCAUCCUCCCCAGUUUACCGCGGUGGAAACGGAACUUCAGAGCGGUCACAUGA